AUGUAUAAGCAAGCGUCUGAUGACUUUUGUUCCACUCCUGACGAUUUUAUAAAUAAUUUACUAAAAGAAAAUCAAAUUAUUGGAUUAAUCUCUCUUGGUUUACUUUAUACUAAUGGAAAGG